CCGGUUGAUCAUUCCCCGGGUUGAUGUGGUAUUUCUAUCGUACCGACAUCAUCCGCAGGAUGCACGCAGUUCGGUGACGGCGCCGACGGUAACGCUGGACAGCAUGUCCACGAUCAGUCUGUACGAGCUGCAGCAACAUCUGCGUGUGAAACGCGCCGAACGGCACAGUAUGAGUGAGGACGCUUACAGGCACUACCGAUGGUACAAUGCAGCUCUGGAGGCGGAACUGAGAACGAUCGGUAGCGACAGCCGCAAUGAGCGGCCACUGCUACGCGUGUUCCACUGGUACAUCGAAACGUCAAACGAAGACGCGUUUCGGAUCGAGGGCAAACAGUACGAGGCCGUGUCAUUUGUACUGGCAGCCGAAAUCGAGCACUGGUACUGUAGUGCAGGGGUUGGCCAGAGCGUACAUGGCAGACGUGUCAGGAUGGGGGAUCAACCGUCGCUCUUGGCAGACGGCGGAGUGAGUCGUUGCCACCAGCCUGCAACCGGCGGUAGUAACAAUCUCCGGAAGCAACGAAAGACCUUUCUCCAAAGUAUCGGCGAAGAAGGGGAGGAACCGACCGCGCAGCAAUGAUGUGGUGUGGUGUGGUGAGACAGUAAUAACAAGAAGCGUGUCUCUGUUUGCACAACGAUGAUAAAUUCAGAUUUUAUUAGCUUUCCAUAUUCAUAUCUUUAACGUUCAUCGCAUCCACCAGAAGCGAGAUAGAUAAUAGACGAUCGACGAUCGGUCGAGAGGACCUCCUUCUUGCCGGUGGCGCAAUACGAUAGCUUUCUGCGAGUCUUCCAGAUGUUAAGGCCGAUCCGGCCAUCGUUCGUUAGUACGGUUUUGAUUAACAGCUUGUGAAUGUGGUGCGCUCGUGUACUGUCGGUCGGGUGCUGGUACUGAUAACGAUUGCACGAUUCUCAAUGGGUUGUGUCGUCGGCGAAGUGGUUGUUUAAGGAUGGCUAAUAAUACUUUUCGUACGAGCGAAAGCUUGCGAAGAAUAUGAGUACGACACACUCCCAACGGAUGCGGAACGAUGGCACACGGAACUCCUUCAACUCCGAUCUGGGUCUUUUUCGUCGCCGAUACAAACAAUAAAUACUUUGUUUAAAACAUAAAAUGAAACAACAACAACGAAAAGAGUGGGACGCAUUAACACUUGGCUGGCCUUUUUCUUGGGGGGAUGGUGGUAAGUAGCUAAGUAACGGUAAAUUGAGCUAAGAUCCUAAUUUUUAACGGUUUGAGAGUAACGCUUUUGAAGAGACUUCUGGUAUGACGUGUCUCUCUCUCCGAAUUCGCUAACGAACGAAUGAAUGAUGAAUGUGCGGUCAUCAGGGCAUCAGGUUCUUUGGACUGUUGUUGAGGAUAGAAUUAGCGUUUCUAAGAAAACUAAGGAGCUCGCUGGAAGCAGUCGGUCUCCUUAGGCACACGGCGAAUCGGUAGACAUUUCCUCC